AUGGCUUCAAAUAUCGUCAGUAGUAAUACCCUUAAGCUAAGAUUGAUUGAUAUUGGUGCUAAUUUAACGGAUCCAGUCUUUAAUGGUGUCUAUCGUGGUAAGAAUGUACAUAAGGACGAUUAUAAUGAUGUGUUGCAACGUAGCUGGAAUAUCGGAAUGCAGAAAAUUAUUAUCACUGCUGGUAAUUUAAAGGAAAGUUACUCUGCCUUGGAAUUAGCCAAGAAAGACCAACGACUAUUUUGCACUGUUGGUUGCCAUCCAACUCGGUGUAAUGAUUUCGAAGAAUCUGGUGAUCCUGAUCAAUAUUUAGAACGUUUGUUCUCUCUCAUUCAGCAAAAUAGAGAUAAAGUUGUUGCGAUAGGAGAAUGUGGGCUGGAUUUUGAUCGCUUGCAAUUUUGCGAUAAAGAAAUUCAGUUGAAAUAUUUUGAAAAGCAAUUUGAAUUAGCGGAACGUUCCAAGCUACCCAUGUUUUUACAUAGUAGAAAUGCUGAUGCAGAAUUUUAUGAUAUUGUCAAGAGAAAUCGGCAUCGUAUGAGCGGAGCCGUAGUCCACUCAUUCACUGGACCCGCGCAAUCUAUUUCUGGUAUACUUGACCUUGGAUUGUAUAUCGGGAUAAAUGGAUGUUCCUUAAAGUCAGCUGAAAAUAUUGAUGCUAUGAAAAGAAUACCCUCAGAUAAGUUAAUGAUAGAAACUGAUGCACCUUGGUGCUCUAUAAAACCAACGCAUGCUGGUUAUAAAUUACUUCAGACCCAUUUCAAAGAGAAAAAGAAGGAGCGUUGGGAACCGGAUCACUGCAUCAAGGGACGCAACGAACCUGCCAACAUUAUUCAAGUAUUAGAGGUUAUGGCUGGCAGCCGCGGAGAGAAUAUACACGAUCUGAGUGAAGCUAUUUUUAUGAAUACCGUUAAACUAUUUUUUAAUGAGAAAUCCCUAUAA